CACACACACACACACACACACACACACACACACACACAGAAAGUGAUGUUCUGAAUAAAAGCUAUCAUAGAACCCAGGGACCUGUACCACGAAGCGAGUCCAACACCCCCAGGAUCUCCUUUUGUUAUCUGGCUUCACUAACCCUAAUGAUCAGGAUCAGCGGUUGCACCAAGCUGGUUAUCAGCUCAGUAAAUCAACCCAGGGUUUCCUAUCUGGCCAUGAGUGCAUCCACCUAAAAGAGGCAGAAUUGGCAGCAGAAACGACGAGCAAACUGUGAUAUUAGACAGUCUGACAGAAAUCUCCAACAGUGUGAACGUCUAAGUUAACAGGAGUAACCUAUGAUAUGAAUGUGUUGAUUUAAUGUGUUCUUACAGCAGCUAUGAAAAUACCAGCCUUAUUCUUUCAGCUCGGCUGAAUAAGCAGUCGCUCCAACUCAUUUUUAGAACUUCAAACAUCAGAUUAAUUUAUUCAAUGCACUCAAAGUGUUCCAAACAUUGUUCUAAAUUAAUUUUAUAAAGCGAUGAAACCAAAAAUCCAUUCAUGCCAUAAAAGCUGCUCAGAUAGUGGUGAAAGAAUGUCAAUUUCUUCCAUAGACAAACUAUAUGCGCCGAAUAUUCAGGCUCACAUACGAAAAAUUAACCACGUUUAUUUUACAGGCUGUGAGAAAUAAAAAAUCUAAAACGUGUUUCAAAGCAGUGAGCAAGUUAACUGUCACAUGUUACGCUACAGGUACAAGGCUUUAGAGCUUCAGUCUCUGUAGGAUGAUCUCGCUGUUCUAAAGUUUCUCUGCAGUCUGUGGUAUCUCCUCCUGAUGGUGAUGCCAUUUCCCAGAGAGCUGAUUGGUCAGUAGGUGGUGUUUUUAUAAAGUUGAUCUCUGAUCUAGGACAGAACCUGCUCCGGAGCAGGUUAGUCGAUCAUCAUCAGGUACCAUGGCAAUCUACCCGUCCUGAAAACCCAAGGUUAACCCAAAGUUACCUCGCUGACCUCGCUUCCUGCUUCGUACAGUCCCCUGACUGACUGAUAAACCAUAACAAACGCCACGCUGUCACCUCGGCGGCCAUGUUGGUGAAUGUGUUUGUAACUGAGCUGUUUUAUUUUCUUCUGCAUGACUCCCUGGCCGGCUGCUGACCUGAACAGGAGUGGCACCGCCCCCUUGGCCUGCCUGGUCACUAUGCUGCACUCCCAGGUGAGGGGAGACCGGGUGAAGAACAGCAUCUUCUUCAAGCUGCCAGGUCGGAUGAGCCUGUUCACGCUGAAGAAGAACGCCCUCCAGUGGACAAAGACAACAUCGGAAUCAGAGACGCCAGCCGAGCCUGCCGGCGGCACCGCCACCCCGUCUUCCAGCAGUGGCGCUCCUGCAGCAGGCUCGGCCGUGGCCCUGGUCGGCCCUAAUGAGGCCGCCGAGCAGGAGAGCUGCGACUCCACUGAGACCACCGCUGCUAGCGGAGACAAUGACGCCUCGGUGGAUGAGAGCUCGUCCAGUGCCUCCUGCUCCACAGAGCUGCAGGCCCCUAGCCAGCCCCAGACCCGCCUCAGCAGGGCAGCAGGACAACAGGGACGUACAGAUGCACAGCAGACCCAACACGCCCAGACCAGGCUGAGCCGCUCCAGACAGUCGGGGAGGCAGAGGAAGAAGGCGGUGAUGAUGCCUCGUGUGGUCCUCACCCCUCUGAAAGUGAACGGAGAACACGUCCCCUCAGGGCCCAUGAAGAGGAGUCGAGGAGGGGUGGACGUAGACUUUGAAACGCCAGGCUCCAUCCUGGUCAACACCAACAUCCGAGCCCUCAUCAAUGUGCGGACCUUCUCGGCCUUCCCUUCACACUCGCAGCAGCAGCUGCUGCAGUUGCUGCCCGAGGUGGACCGACAGAUUGGACCUGAUGGUAUGGCCAGACUGAGUAGUUCAGCUCUCAACAAUGAGUUCUUCACCCACGCCUCUCAGAGCUGGAAGGAGAGGCUGGCUGAGGGUGAGUUCACCCACGAGAUGCAGGUGCGUUUCCGGCAGGAAAUGGAGAAAGAGAAGAAGGUAGAGGCGUGGAAGGAAAAGUUUUUUGAAGAGUACCACGGGCAAAAGUCCGGCCUGACGCAAGAGGAGUCCCUGAAGCUUACCAUGAGUGAAGCCAGCGAAGUGGCGGCGACUGUGCUGGAAAGCGAUGUGGCUGUGGUUGCAACCGGUGCCCCCAAGAGACGCAGUGUGGGUCGGCGGAGGAGAGAUGGGCGGAUGAGGAGACGCACGCGGGCGGACCUGCGCCGCAGGGCCCGCCGGACCCUCUGCAAGGCAACUCCUCCGGCCCUGCAGGCUGCAGAAGCCACAGAGACCAGCGCCGCCCUGGACAUCUCAGCGGUCUCUGUUGGCUCACCCAUGUCCGACAACACGGUGGUUCAGGGCGAGGUGGUGCUGCAGGCUGAGUGUGGCGUGGAGCUCCCAGUUGAGAGCGCCUCCACAGAGCCAAAGCCUUCUCCCACUACAGAGCCGGUCACAUCCCCAGCGCCCACUCCCGCUCAAACUCCUACUACUCCCACUCCUACACCCACUCCCACUCCCACUCCCAGCCCCAGCCCCAGUCCAGCCUCCACCAGCGCAAACGAAGAGCCCGAGGUUACGGCCCGCUUGCUUCCAGAAGAGGCUGCACCUGUACUGGCUUCCACCUCCACCUCCUCCUCCUCCUCCUCCUCCUCCUCUUCCUCCUCCUCUUCCUCCUCCUCCUCUUCUUCGUCUGCCUCCUCGCCCGCCUCCUCACCCUCCUCACCUUCUGACAGACAAGGAGCUUUUGCCACAGGCCUCGACUCUUCUUCGUCCUCCUCGGCAUCCUCCAGUGCUGCAGUCGCCGCCGACCCCCUGGAUGACACCGCCUCAGUGGUCACCUCCGUCACAGGGGGUACCGCCACCAGCAGCCGUGAGAGCAGCCCCUCCGCCAGCCCAGCCGCCACCCCUGUCCCCAGCGCCCAGCUCAAGGAGCAGAAGAGAAGGCCCGAUGAGGCUCAGGCUUUCUCCAGCUUCCCCGAAAAGAGGCCGCGGCUCGACGACCGUCAGUCCUUUCGUACCACAAUUGACGGUGUCCGUUCGGAGAAGCCGCAGCCGACAACCGAGGAGCCCAAGGUCCCGCCUAUCCGGAUUCAACUGUCCAGAAUCAAACCUCCCUGGGUCAAAGGGCACCCCACCUACCAGAUCUGCCCACGCAUCGUGCCCCCCGGCGAGGGGUCGCGGCGGUCGGGGACGGGGGGCGCGCGCACCCUGGCGGACAUCAAAGCCCGCGCCCAGCAAGCCCGCGCCCAGCGCGAGGCCGCUGCUGCUGUUGCAGCCACUGGCGACGGGGCAGGGCCGGUCGGGGUCCGGCUGCGGCCUCCUGCUGGGCUACCGGAUAGCAGCAAUGGACGAAGAACGCGAGAGCACCCAGGACCUAUCGAGCCCGGAGGAGGAGGAGGAGGAGGAAGUGGAAGAAGGGGAGGUGGUGGGAUGGAGGAGCAGGGAUCGUCUUCAAGCUCUAAUUCGUCUGGAACACAACUACAGCUUCUCAAUGUAGAGCCCACGCCCCAGCCUUCCCCUUCCCUGUCCACAACAUCAACUUCCAUGUCCCUGGAGCUCCCACAGACCCCAAGUCCUCCUCGUGAGGAGGCAGCUGGAGGUCCUGAGGCUGUAAAGGAAAUACAAGCAACAUCAGCCAGUGCCCAGAACUCCUCCAACGGGCUCCCAGACAAAGCAGUUGACUCGCCCUCUCCAGAACCUGACCCUGAGUCUUUGGCCACCCAGCGGGCCAGGCAAACCCAGAGGCCUGAGUCUGCUUCAGUCCCCUCAGAGAGGGUAGGUCAGGGUUGUGAAAAACCAUCCCUGGCCCCAACCUCCAUCCCAGAUUCCCUUCCCAGAUUCGGGGCUCAGGGUGUGGAUGUGAUUCAGACGUUGGCCAGCUCCUGUCAGCCCAAAGACCAGGUACACGGGAAGGAGUCUGGACUGGGUGGUGUUAUCCAGCAUGGCUCCCACCACGUGGACCCCCAAGACGUGUUAUCUCACUCAGCUACAGAGCGACAGCAGACAGACGCAUCUUCUCUCCGACACAUGGACGAGGCUGGGACACACAGCGACUCCACCGAGACCGCUUCGGACUGUGAGAACGAGAGCCAGGACGACGAUCAGCAGCAGCAGCCGGACCAGGACUGGAUCCCCAAACUGAGCACCCAGAGAAACGGCCAGCUGGUCAUCUGCAGCCCUCCUCCUCAGAACCAGCAGCCAGUCAUCCAGGCCCACGUGUCCAGCCGUCAAGGCCAGACUGUCAUUCAGCCUCGUUUCCCCAAUGGCCUGCCCCACCCCCAGUACAGCCGCCCCCAUUCCCAGGACCACCAGUCCCUCCCCACAGCCCACCCGCAGGGCCCCAGGGACACCAACGUUGUGGUCAAAAUGGAGCCUGGAGAUGACUGUAGAGUCUUCAGACAGACUCCUGCUGAAGAGGAGUGCCGUGGAGGCUUAAAGCCCUCUGUCGCUCACCCAGCAGCUGCAGCUGCCUCCAAGAGGCUGGCCAGCUCUGUCAGACCAGUAUCCAGUGUGGAGGCCAACAACCCUUUGGUCACUCAGCUGCUACAGGGCAGCCUGCCCCUGGAAAAGGUUCUGCCCUCACACACUGCCAACAGGCUGGAGAUCAACCGAUUGCCAGGACCCCAACCUAGACCGCCAGUGGCAAGGACCCCAGUGCCACGCAGGCCUGAGAUCUCAGCCCAGUCUCCUAGCCUCGAACUGACUGCAGCCUCAGAGAUCCACAACAAGUCUCCAACAGGCCGCCCAGUCUCCUGUCUGAUGGAGGCCCCAGCUGCAUCGCAGUACCAGUCCCAGUCCCAGCAGGCCCCUGGGGCUGUCCCGGUCAUCACCUCUCUGCCACCCUCCUCGUCCAGAAGUAAGUCAGACCUUGGCUCUCAGUCCGCUGUGGAGUCUGCGGUUAUCAAAGACUCUCACGGCCCUCAACCCUCACAGGGGACGUCUCCAGACAGGCCCCAGCCCUCCCACCGGACCAUGC